GUAGCAGUUGCCGGGAGAGGGAGAGGCGAGUGCAGUCCAUGUGACACACGCUAGAGCGCGAGCGAGCGGAGAGAGAGAGAGAGAGAGAGAGAGACGGCAGCAGCAGCAGCGCAGCAGACGGAGCCCCGAGCUCCAGUGAAGAGAUGGACAGGAGCCGCUUGUUCGCUUUGUCCUUGCUGUGAAUUUACUGUCUUGUGCUGCUUGUUCUCUUCCAAGGGCUGAGAACGAGGCGAUGGCGUAGGACGCUACAGACUGACAUCUUCGCAAUGGGCGCAUACAUCCGCAGCGAAGCCGGUCUGCAGCCCGGAGACUGACAGAGACCUGUGCGCUCCCGCUGUCAACGGCUUUGGAUGCUGGAAUCUUUUUAAAAUACAUUUCAUUUACAGAUAGUUGCCUGAUUGGCAUUUUGAUCUGGGGCUUCGGCUUUGACAACACAACUACAUAAUACAUAAGCAAUACAAGCAGAAAUGGGGGACAUAAGUAACAGCGAUUUGUACGGCAAGAACCAAAGAAAUGACGAGAAGCGCGUGGGAGAGUUCGGUUGCACGCUACUCGAGCUGCGCUCCCUCAUGGAGCUGCGCGGCACGGAGGCCGUGGUGAAAAUCCAGGAGGACUACGGAGACACGGAGGGCAUCUGCAGACGCCUGAAAACGUCCCCAACAGAAGGUUUGAGUGGCCAAGCAGCAGAUAUAGAAAAAAGAACAGAAGUCUAUGGACAGAACUUUAUACCUCCGAAGAAGCCCAAAACCUUCUUACAGUUAGUUUGGGAAGCUUUACAAGAUGUUACUUUGAUUAUUUUAGAAAUUGCUGCCAUUAUCUCCUUGGGAUUGUCCUUUUAUCAGCCACCGGGUCAGAACAAUGAAGUGUGUGGAAGUGUGGCUGCAGGAGCAGAGGAUGAAGGCGAGUCUCAGGCUGGUUGGAUUGAAGGUGCUGCUAUUUUACUGUCUGUUGCCUGUGUUGUGCUUGUUACUGCAUUUAAUGACUGGAGCAAAGAGAAGCAAUUCCGAGGUCUGCAGAGCCGCAUUGAACAGGAGCAGAAGUUCACCGUUGUGCGAGGUGGUCAGGUCGUUCAGAUUCCUGUGGCUGAAAUUAUUGUGGGUGACAUUGCACAAGUCAAAUAUGGUGAUCUGCUUCCAGCAGAUGGAAUUUUAUUACAAGGCAACGACUUAAAAAUUGAUGAAAGCUCACUGACGGGGGAGUCUGACCAUGUGCGCAAGUCUGUGGACAAGGACCCCAUGCUUCUCUCUGGAACACAUGUCAUGGAGGGCUCUGGGAGAAUGUUAGUGACUGCUGUGGGAGUCAACUCCCAGACUGGCAUCAUUUUUACUCUCCUUGGAGCAGGCAGCGAAGAGGAAGAGAAGAAGGAGAAGAAAGAUCCCUCCCAUCCCUCCUCUCAUCCCAUCUCAACUAUAACCACAGAUGGCGCAGCGGGUACAAACGCAUCAAGUAAUGCCAACUUAGUCAAUGGUAAAAUGCAGGAUGGGAAUCUGGAGGCCAAUCAGAACAAAGCCAAGAAGCAGGAUGGAGCAGCAGCCAUGGAAAUGCAACCUUUAAAAAGUGCUGAGGGUGGUGAUGGAGAUGACAAGGGGAAGAAGAAGGCCAGUACACCCAAAAAGGAAAAGUCGGUACUGCAAGGCAAACUGACAAAGCUAGCAGUCCAGAUUGGAAAAGCAGGCUUGAUCAUGUCUGCCAUAACAGUCAUCAUUCUAGUGUUGUACUUUUCCAUCGACAACUUUGUCAUCCAGAAGCGUCAGUGGCUUCCUGAGUGUACCCCAAUCUACAUUCAGUAUUUUGUGAAGUUCUUCAUCAUAGGUGUAACGGUCUUGGUGGUUGCGGUACCUGAGGGACUUCCAUUGGCUGUCACCAUUUCACUGGCCUAUUCUGUUAAGAAAAUGAUGAAGGACAACAACCUGGUGCGACACCUGGAUGCAUGUGAGACUAUGGGCAAUGCAACAGCCAUUUGCUCAGACAAAACUGGCACACUGACUACCAACAGGAUGACGGCAGUGCAAGCAUAUAUUGGAGAUGUGCACUACAAGGAUAUCCCUGACCCUGAAGCCAUACCAGCCAAGACCUUGGACUUGCUUAUCCAUGCCAUUGCCAUCAACAGUGCAUACACUACUAAGAUCUUGCCCCCAGAUAAAGAAGGUGGCCUCCCAAAGCAAGUGGGAAACAAGACUGAGUGUGGCCUGCUGGGCCUGGUGCUUGAUUUGAAACGUGACUAUCAGCCCAUUCGUGACAUGUUGCCUGAGGAAAAGCUCUACAAGGUUUACACCUUCAACUCUGUCAGGAAGUCCAUGAGCACUGUGACCAAGUUGCCAGAUGGGAGUUUCCGAAUGUACAGCAAGGGUGCGUCUGAGAUCAUCCUGAAAAAGUGCUCACGUAUCUUAAAUGCAGUAGGGGAGCCACGAAUCUUCAGGCCUCGUGAUCGAGAUGAGAUGGUCAAGAAAGUGAUUGAACCUAUGGCCUGUGAUGGCUUGAGAACAAUAUGUGUUGCAUAUCGGGACUUUCCAGCAAAUCCAGAACCUGACUGGGAUAAAGAAAAUGACAUUUUAACAGACCUGUCCUGUAUUUGUGUGGUGGGCAUUGAAGAUCCUGUGAGACCUGAGGUACCAGAAGCCAUCAGAAAAUGCCAGCGUGCUGGAAUCACUGUGCGCAUGGUUACAGGAGACAACAUCAACACGGCCAGGGCUAUUGCCAUCAAGUGUGGUAUUAUUCACCCAGGAGAAGAUUUCCUGUGCAUUGAUGGGAAAGAGUUCAACCGCAGGAUCCGUAAUGAGAAGGGCGAGGUUGAACAGGAACGCAUUGACAAAAUUUGGCCUAAGCUGCGGGUGUUAGCAAGAUCAUCUCCUACGGACAAGCACACCCUAGUGAAAGGCAUUAUUGACAGUACAAUGUCAGACCAGAGGCAGGUGGUAGCUGUCACUGGUGAUGGCACAAAUGAUGGCCCUGCACUGAAAAAAGCAGAUGUUGGCUUUGCAAUGGGUAUUGCUGGUACAGAUGUGGCUAAGGAGGCUUCUGACAUCAUCCUGACAGACGACAACUUUACCAGCAUUGUGAAAGCUGUCAUGUGGGGUAGAAAUGUUUAUGAUAGCAUUUCCAAGUUUCUUCAGUUCCAGUUAACUGUCAACGUGGUGGCUGUCAUUGUUGCCUUUACAGGUGCUUGUAUAACUCAGGACUCCCCACUUAAAGCUGUCCAAAUGCUUUGGGUUAACUUGAUCAUGGACACUUUUGCAUCCCUGGCUUUGGCUACUGAACCCCCAACAGAAUCUCUGCUGAUGAGGAAGCCGUAUGGUAGGAACAAGCCUCUAAUUUCUAGAACAAUGAUGAAGAACAUCCUGGGACAUGGUGUAUACCAGCUUAUCACAAUCUUCACCCUGCUUUUUGCAGGUGAGAAGGUUUUCAACAUCGACAGUGGCAGGAAUGCACCACUCCAUUCACCUCCUUCAGAGCACUACACUAUCAUCUUCAACACUUUUGUCAUGAUGCAGCUGUUCAAUGAAAUUAAUGCCCGCAAGAUCCAUGGUGAGAGAAAUGUUUUUGAUGGUAUCUUCAGGAACCCUAUUUUCUGCGGAAUUGUGCUGGGAACUCUUGGUAUUCAGAUCAUCAUUGUACAGUUCGGUGGAAAGCCUUUCAGCUGUUCACCAUUGGAUAUUGACAAAUGGCUAUGGUGCAUUUUUUUGGGCUUAGGAGAGCUGGUCUGGGGACAGGUCAUCACUACAAUUCCUACCAGUAGGUUGAAAUUCCUAAAGGAGGCAGGCCAGCUGACGCAGAAGGAUGAAAUGCCUGAGGAGGAGUUGAAUGAGGAUGUAGAGGAAAUUGAUCAUGCAGAGCGUGAACUACGGCGUGGGCAGAUCCUGUGGUUCCGGGGUCUCAACAGGAUUCAAACUCAGAUUCAAGUAGUGAACACUUUCAAGAGUGGCGCUUCCUUUCAGGGGGCACUAAGGAGACAGUCCUCCAGUGGCAGCCAGCACCCAGACAUCCGUGUGGUCAAGGCCUUCCGCAGCUCUCUCUAUGAAGGCCUGGAGAAGCCAGAAUCCAGAACCUCCAUUCACAACUUCAUGACGCAUCCAGAAUUUCGAAUAGAAGAUUCACAGCCUCACAUUCCCCUCAUCGAUGACACAGAUGCUGAAGAAGAUGGUACAUUAAAGCAUAACUGUAGCCAGUCAUCAUCUCCGAAUAAGAACAACAAUGCCAUUGACAGUGGCAUCAACCUGGCCACUGACACAAGCAAAUCAGCCACGUCGUCAAGCCCAGGAAGCCCGCUUCACAGCCUGGAGACGUCGCUUUAGCCGCGGCUAGCCAGGAGAAGAGGGUGACCGCUCCUGCAUGAAUGUAUCUUCCCCAGCGUGGGUAAGGGGAGAGGAGCGGCUCUCCCCCUUUCCUCACAUGCACAGUAGAUUUGCACCGGUGCAUUUUUCUUCGUUGUCUCAUGGCAUGUUGCCUUGUUUCUGCUUGAAUGGCUCUCAGCGUGUCCUGAAGAGAAUGUAACCCACCCUUUAAACCAAACCAAACCCCUACCUCCCCCAAAUAUCACACCCACUGGGCCCGGUCCCUGAAUACUCUGCCUGCACCUUUUCUUCACUACUCAUACAAGCCAAGUUGUAUCAUCAUGAGAAAGACUUAGGUGCAAGUGCAAACAGCUUUGCAUCUUGUGGAUUAGGAAGUGCGCACCUGCUUUUCUCCCCACCCGCCUGCCCACCCACCUGUCCCGUUCUCACUUACUUACUUUGAUGUGCUUCUGUGUGAUUUCUGGCCAGCUUGUCUUCCCUGCACUCCCCCCGACUCCCAGAGGUGCUCAGAGCGGGUGGAAAGAAGCGACUGCCACUUUUUGUAACUCCUGCUGGCGCUGGGCAUGGGCCCUGCAAUAUUCUAGUGAGCAGCAUGAGCCACAUCCGGGCAAAGCACUUUGUUCAUUCGUCCGUUUUUAUGAAUUUUUUAUCUCAACGAUCUUGUAAAUAAAGAGGUGGAUGUCUGUUCAUUUACUACUAUGCAAAAGAUCAUGCUUUCCCAUGGUGACUUCCUGCCUGCUGUCUAGCGCCACGCCUGCUUUUAUAGUCCAAGGACAAAGAAGAACUUGACUUUUGCUGCUUUGUUCUGCCAGCGAGGUGUCUGAGGAAAUGGCAGACCCGCAAAUAAAAUGCCGGGGCAGCGUGAGCAAUAACAGCCUCUCUUUGCCCACUGGCUUUUAUUUAUUUAUUGUUUUCUUUCUUUCUGUGGCUGAUAAAGAAAAAAAUAUGGAGUAA